UUGUAGACCCACUGCCGGAAGUGACUGCAGGCGAAUCGGCGUUAGCCAAGCCUGGGAGAGUGUAGGUUGGCGGUGCUAGCUGCUGCUUUAGGCUUCAAAGAUGCCAGGUCUGACGGCCGCAAGCCCUGCCCCGUCUGACUCACAGGAGAAAAAGCCGCUGAAACCCUGCUGCGCCUGUCCGGAGACUAAGAAGGCCCGCGAUGCUUGCAUCAUUGAGAAAGGAGAAGAACACUGUGGACACCUAAUCGAGGCCCACAAGGAAUGCAUGAGAGCCCUGGGAUUUAAGAUAUGAGAUGGUUUACUCUGAAUGAAUAAUUCCUGAAGAAUGAAGAAGAUUCAGUAGUUGUGAGAAUUCUUUGAGGAACUUUGAUAAAUGGAAAAAGUAUUUAUAAUUUAUUAAAAAAGAAAUAUCUCUGGUCAGAAAUCUUAAGGUGUGUUUCUUUUUGUGUUCCUCACAUCCUUACAUGGCAUUUAUUUAUUUUUC